GCUUAUGAACUGCAUCGCUCUCUCGCUCCCUCUCGCUUUCUCUUGCUCACCGUCUCUCUGUCCUCUUCGCGCUCUCUCUCUCUUGCUUUCAACUUGGUCGCUCUUUCUCAGCUCUGGUUGGAACUCCAAUUUCUACUGUUGAUAUAGCAGAGAAGGGGCUGAAGGUAUCCGUUAAGGCAUUUACAGUAAAGCCAAGCCAAUACUUAAAAGGAAAAGCGAAAGCCCCAAUCAUCAUGGAGAAUGGUGAAAUUCCCGAAAACGCCAAUGAACAUUGUCCAGGUCCUCAGUCCGAUUCUGCUGGAAAAUCUGAUGCAUGCGAAGGAUGCCCAAAUCAACAAAUUUGUGCUACUGCUCCAAAGGGGCCUGACCCAGACGUGGUUGCUAUUGCAGAAAGGAUGGCCACUGUAAAGCAUAAGAUACUGGUUUUAUCAGGAAAAGGUGGAGUUGGCAAAAGCACAUUCUCUGCCCAACUUGCAUUUGCACUAGCUGCUAUGGACUUCCAGGUGGGUCUUCUUGACAUUGACAUUUGUGGUCCGAGCAUCCCGAAGAUGCUUGGCCUAGAAGGCCAAGAAAUCCACCAGAGCAACCUUGGCUGGUCUCCUGUCUAUGUUGAGUCCAACCUUGGGGUCAUGUCAAUUGGGUUCAUGCUUCCAGAACCUGAUGAAGCUGUUAUAUGGAGGGGACCGCGCAAAAAUGCGCUCAUUAAGCAAUUCUUGAAGGAUGUUUAUUGGGGUGAGCUUGAUUUUCUAGUAGUUGAUGCUCCUCCUGGGACCUCAGAUGAGCACAUUUCAAUUGUUCAAUACCUCGAUGCUGGUUCAAUAGAUGGUGCAAUCAUAGUCACCACUCCACAACAGGUCUCCCUGAUUGAUGUUCGGAAAGAAGUAAGUUUCUGCAAGAAAGUUGGGGUUCAGGUCCUUGGGAUUGUUGAGAACAUGAGUGGCUUGUGCCAGCCAGUGAUGGAUUUCAAAUUUUUGAGGAUGACAGAGACCGGUGAGCAAAUAGACGUCACAGAAUGGGCAAGGGAGCAUCUGAAAGAGAGAGCACCAGAAUUUUUAAACAUAAUAGCUUGCACUGAAGUGUUUGAUAGUAGCGGUGGUGGAGCCGAAAGAAUGUGCAGGGAAAUGGGGGUGCCCUUUCUGGGGAAGGUACCAUUGGACCCCCAGCUUUGCAAGGCAGCUGAAGAAGGUAGAUCUUGUUUUGUUGAUCAGAAGUGCGGGGUGAGUGCACCUGCACUGAAGAAAAUCAUAGAUAAAAUGAUGGAAAAUCAGGGAUUAUCUAGAAUGUUGGUAGACAACAAUGCAUAGGUGAUUGGCUUCACCAAGUGAUCUUCGUAGAUCAAGAUUUUAUUCGAGUUUUACCUCAACACUUUAAUGGUUGUGUACAAUAUUUUUUUUUUGGCAUGUGAAUUGUCCUUUUGUUAUAUGGAAUUUAUAGAACAAUUUUAUUUAUUUUCUUUUUAAUUCCUUUUUUAUAAUAUCACAAUUUUCUUGACCAUGAAUCCUCGUAAAUGUAUUAUUUGUAGGGUGGAUUUGGAUUUGGACUCCCAAAUCCAAAUUCAACUGUUUAGGUAUGUAUUAAUUGCACGGAUUUGUAUUUGGGCUAAAUCCUGAGAGGAUU